AUGGCAUCGGGGAUCACAUAUAACGGUGUCCCGAGUGAGGAAGGGGGGAAAUUGUUCAAAGAUGUGAAAUUUUGGGUUGCACUGCGUGUGCCUAUGAGAUCAAGAUGGGUUGAACUAAUAAGGAGCAACGGUGGCUCAGUUGUCCCUUCAGAGAGGCAAGCUGACAUGCUCAUCGCCGAUGAUGCACGCAAAGACGCUCCCAAGGGCUCCUACACGUGGAAGUUCAUUGAAGACUCAGUCAACUGCGGUAUGGCCCAAAUCAAAGACAAGUACCUCAUCGGUCCCGACCCAGAUCGGCCGCGGCCUGCUGCUUCGGGCACUUUGGCAAGAGGCAAACGAGUUGCCUAUACUCCCGCUGACGACGCCGCGCUUGUGAAAUGGGUGCUCACCCAAGUUCACCGCGAAAAAUCUAAGCUUAAGUUGUGCCAGGAGUUUGAGAGAAUUAACUCCAGACAUACCUGGCAAUCGUGGCUGGAUCGGUGGAACAAGAAACUCACUUUUCUCCCAUUAGAACAGUUGAACGCCAUAGCCGCCUCAGCGCCGGCCGAUACAGAUGCUACUUCCCAUCAACCAACCCACUCUCCUCCACCACCUCCAUCAGCACAGGCUCCCAAAACAAAGGGUUCCCCCAAGCCAUCUCCAAGGCCAGCUCCCAAGUCUUCUCCCAAGAAACAGAGCACCAUGGCUCGUGCCAAGGACAUCCCAGAUACGAUCCCGGAAACGCCUCAACGAGAACCCUCUCCAGAUUUGUUGGACCACUUGUCCGAUGCGUCGUCUCCCGUCGCCGGGUCUGAGGAGCUAGAAAAGGAGAGGAACUUGCUUCUUGAUCUACAGACCUACGCAAGCGUCAACGGGUUACCACUAAAUAUUUCCCCAACAAUCAAGGGCCAGCCAGUGUCUUUGUACAAGAUGGUGACACUGCUCGACGGCGCAACUGACGACAUAGACUGGGAAGCUAUUACUCGAGGUCUGGGGUUCGACGCUUCCAGAGCAAUCAUCGUACGUGCCGUUCAACAGGUAUGGAAUGACAAUUUGAAAGACUUCUUGGAAGACGUCGAGAGUUUCGAUGAGGAGGAGGAGGAACAGGAGGAAUAUGAACUCGAGUCGGACCUUGAUCAGGAUCAGGGCGAUGAACUAGAAUCCCACCCAGGGUCGGAGGAUCUAGCUACGCCCAGGGCAAGCAAGAAACGCCCCCUUGGUCGUCGCGAGGAUGACACCUCAUCGCCCAGACCUCCAAAGCGAAACAGAAUAGACCCAUAUGAUGAUCUCCCAUCGUCACCUCCUCCCGCACAACUCCCAAGACGGAAAGUGCCUGCUCUUGGGUCUCCAAUCCUCGGGUCAUACACACCAGAACGGCAACUCCCCAGCAGCCGCAGAACCAGCUCAACUAACCGAAACCAUCCCUCGACCCCUAUCGCAAAAACGCCACCGCUCCCUACUCAUGAAAGCUCAUACGACGUGACCCCUUCCCAACAACUCGACCUCGAAGCACAACACACCGAGAGCCCCGUCAAGGUCGUCAGAAGACCGCAGCACACCCACACCUCCCCAGCAGGAGACGGGAGCCCAAGACCCAGACGCCCGUCCCAUCCAGCCACCGCACCUCCCGCCCCCAGAUCAAACCCUCCACCCCCCACGACCCCGAAGCCCCUACCCAAGCCGGCCAAGCGGCGAACCCUCCCAGCCUCCUUCGCCCGCAGCGACUCCCCCAAGUCGCCUCCAGCACGCCCGCCUCGCCGCUCAACCCCGCCGAGAAGACCACCACCCCACCCGAUACCCACGAUGGGCAACGACAGGAACGACACCGGCAACGUCACCCCGCGGGCGACCAACGCCCACAUCUCAGAGCCCACCACCAUCGAGGGGUGGGUUGAGCACUACCAGUCCCUCGGGUACACCCACGCCAUGGUCGUGAAAGCAAUGACAGCCACGACCAUGACCCCCGGCUGCCUCACCGCCCACGCCCUCGAGUCCCUGUCGGCUGGGCACGGUAUCCCCAAGAACACCGAGGGGAUAUGGACCGACCGCGACGACAAGGCCCUGCGCAGCCUAAUGUCUCUCGGCGAGAGGAUAGAGGACGAACCCACCGAUGCAGGGGAACACCAGGUACUGCAGAAGGCACUCCGCGAGCGCAGGAGGCUUUUGUAUAAGCAUGGCCAGCAAAGGAUGGAUCAGAGGGAACUGUUUUUGCAGGCGAGCGAUGCGAUUCCCUCUAGUUCGGGAGGAGGAAGGUAG